AUGAGAGGGCGUAUUUCGCGCUUCUCGGCGCACCAGGCAAAGACAUCGCCUUUUCCGGCCCCGACGUCGACGAGAAUUUUCUCUUCUACCAGCACCAGGACGGCAUAUGGUCGGUUGCCCACAUCACUCGCCACGAGCCUAAAGACGAGGUCCUCCAUGUUCGACGGGAUCAGCAGUCUGGCCCGUCCUGCCCACGAUGACGAAAAGUGGUGCAUGCGAGACGACGAGGGGAGGAACGAGCGGAUCGGCCGUCCCACUGCCGCAGUCGAGACAUGGCUGAUUGGUAUGGGCAGGUGCAUCAACAUUCCCUUUUGGGACCGCAGCAAGUUCAGCGAUCGGGACGGGAGGAGAGAAUGGAAGCGGCUGAGAUCCUACUACGGACGACCCCGACGAGGAGGCGAUGUCACGGCACGGCUGGCGGAGAUGAGCAAGGACGGCGACGACAACCAGCACUGGACGCAUGUCCUCUAG